AGGAGGGCCCCGACGCGAAGCGGGCCCGGCUGGGGGGCGUGCCGCCGCCCCUGCGGGUGCCCGCCGUGGCGCCGGAGGGGCAGCCGCCAGAGACGGACGUCGCUGGCCCCCCACCCGCCGCCGACGGCGGCGAGGCCCCGGAGGCGGUGCCCAUGGACGAGCAGCCGGAGCCCUCUGCGGAGCCCUCCGCGGAGCGGCCAGAGCCCGCCGCGCAGGACGCGCCCGCGUCGCCCCCCGGCGCCGAGUCGCCCCCCGGCGCCGCAGAGGCUUGCGCCGAGGAGGACGCGCCGCUGUGGUCGCCGCCGGGGGCGCAGGGCACCACCUGCUUCGGCGGCGAGCCCGGGUGCGCUGGGCGAGGCCUCUGGAUCAAGGACAGGCUGCCACCUCCGCUCGACAACGAGCUGGAGUUCCUGAUCGAGGACCCACAGAGCUUCAAGCAGGGGCAGAGCCAGUUGUCCCCGAUCAAGGAGCUGCAGGGCUCGUCGUUCCGCUUCCGGCUGCUCGUGUUCCCGGCCGGCACCGACGCGACGCAGAAGCCCGAGCAGCUGGCGGCGUUUGUGGAGGUGGUGCCCCCCGAGAGCUGCAAGGACACGCGGUGGGUAUUCGAGGGGGUGAAAUACCAGAUCAGCGUGGUGAACUGGCACGAUUACCGGAGGACUACCACACAGAAGGACACCUUCAACUUCGAGCGCGGCAACGCGGAUCGGGGAUGGCACAAGAACUUCUUGCCGGUCGCCCACAUGACGACGGAAGCGGGCUGGCUGGGCCCGAAAGGGGAGUUGUGCCUCCGGGCCUCGUGCUCGUCGAGGAAGGCGAUGCUGCAGGUGGCCAGCAGUUCCAUGAGCGGGGGGGGCCGGAGGCCUGUCGGCCACGUCGGCCUGAAGAACCACGGGGCCACGUGCUACAUGAACUGUCUCCUCCAGACGCUCUUCCACAUAGGGCCUUUCCGCCACGUGGUCUACUCCAUAGAGUCGCAGGAGCCUGCCGAGCAGGCGGCCCUCUCGGGCGAGGAGGGGCCAGACGGGGGCCCCGACCGGCCGGCGCUGCCCCUGUUGAUCGCCCUGCAGAACCUGUUCUACAACCUGCAGACGGUCGAGGCGCCCGUGUCGUGCCGCGAGCUGAUGAGGUCCUUCGGCUGGGACACGGCCGACGCGCACAUGCAGCACGACGCGCAGGAGUUGAACCGCCUCCUGUGCGACCGCCUGGAAGAGCUGAUGAAGGGCACCCCGAUGGACGGCGCCAUCAAGAGGCUGUUCGAGGGCGAGGUGGAGAGCUACAUCGAGUGCGUGGACGUCGACUACCGUUCCACGCGCAGCGAGACCUUCUACGACCUCCAACUCAACGUCAGGAAUGAGGCGGGUAAGGAGCUGCUCUCGCUGGAGGAGGCGCUCCUGGACUUCACCCAGGAGGAGAUCCUGGAGGGCGACAACGCCUACGACGCGGGGGCGCAUGGCAGGCAGCGCGCCCGCAAGGGCUGCCGCUUCAAGAGGCUCCCGCCGGGGGCGCUCAGCUCCUGCUGCUGCCGCUGCCGCUGCCGCUGCUCCUCGGGCGGCGGCUGCUGCUGCUCCCUCAGCGCCCUCGCACCGCGGAGAGC